AAAGAAAAGACUAUUCGCUUCAGGCAUUCAAUCUAUAGCAUUGCACCUUUUCUCUGCCUCAAUUCUCUAUUAAUCGACAUGGCGCCUUCAACGAUUGAGGACUUCGCUGAAGUCUCCACCUACCAAUCAUCCAUGCCCGUCAAACCCAUGCAUCAAGAAGGAUAUUUGAUGCAUAGAUCUCUUGUCCAACAUCCUUACAUGGUCGAGUCCGCGAGUGGAGUUGAGCUCAAGUUAUCGAGCGGCCAAACAAUUAUCGAUGGUUGUGCCGGCGCAGCUGUUGCUCUCAUUGGCCACGGCAAUGAGGAGGUCAUUCAAGCCAUUACCGACCAAGCUCGGAAAGUCAGCUACGUUCACACACAAUCCUACACAACGGCACCAGCUGAAGAGCUUGCCAAUGUUAUACUGGAGGGUAAUCCAUAUGGCCUUGAAAAAGCUUUCUUUGUUGGCAGUGGCAGUGAAGCUGUUGAGUCCGCUCUGAAGCUGGCUCGCCAAUACCAUUAUGAAAAGGGAGAGCUUGACAGAGUGCACAUUGUCUCUAGACGCCAAUGCUAUCAUGGAAACACGAUGGCUACCAUGUCUAUCUCGACUAACAAAGCUCGCCGAGCUCCGUACCACGGCUUCCUGUACCCUCAUGUCUCUCACGUCUCACCUGCUUUCGCUUAUCACUACAAAGACGACUCCGAGACUGAAGAGCAGUUUACAGCGAGGCUUCUGGUUGAACUUGAGGAAGAGUUUCUACGAGUUGGUCCCAAGAAUGUCGCCGCUUUCAUCGCGGAAACAGUCGUUGGCGCGACGACAGGUUGUGUUGCUGCCCCGGCCGGCUACUUCAAGGGAGUCAGAGCCAUCUGCGACAAGUACGGAGUGAUCAUGAUUCUUGAUGAGAUUAUGUGCGGCGUUGGCCGAACAGGCACUUUUUUUGCUUUUGAGCAAGAAGGAGUUGUACCUGACAUCACCACGAUCGCGAAAGGUCUUGGUGGUGGUUAUGCUGCCAUUGCCGGUGUUCUCAUUCAUAAGAAGGUCGUUGAUGUCCUCAGGCAUGGCUCGGCAGCUUUCAACCACGGACAUACGUAUCAAGCUCAUCCUAUUUCAUGCGCUGCGGCAUUGGCGGUACAGACAGUCCUAAGACGCGAGAACCUGGUUGAACGAUGUCACAAGAUGGGCCUUGUCUUGGAGAGGCUACUUCGACAUGAGCUAAAGGUUUGCAAGUCAGUUGGUGAUAUCCGAGGUCGAGGUCUUUUCUGGGGCGUUGAGUUUGUCAAAGACCUGGCAUCCAAGCGGCCUUUUGAUCCUUCGGCUAAGUUUGGUCUGUUGGUGCAGCAAAUCGCUUUUGAGAAGGGCGUUGCGUUGUAUCCAGGCGGUGCUACGAUUGACGGUGUUAAUGGUGAUCAUAUUCUGCUUGCGCCACCAUUCACAAUCACAGAGGAUCAAUUGGCCACUAUUUGUCGUGUAUUAAAGGAGGCAGUACUAGAAGCCGAAACAAUGAUGCUCUCUCCAUAGGGAAGACUUAUCCUGAAUUGUCUAUGUAGAGAUGCGAUGUCAAAAGUAUAUUAGACUAUGCAUUUUAUAGAAUUAAUACACCUUGUUACAAGUUU